ACAUCGCCGCGGAGGCAGUAAGAGAGGCUGACAGCGCGGAGCUAGCGCUGCGGAGCGCAGGCAGCCGAGCCGGUUCCCCAGGCCGGCGUCUGCGAGGACAGCGGCGUCCGACCCGCUCGGGUUCGGGGAUAUACACAGACGUGGAGCAAUGCUUGUGACUCUGCGGCUCCUCAAACCCUUGGGAGGGUCCUCACUUGCCAGAAGGCUCUAGAUGAAUUCUAAUAUGAACAGUGCACAUCCUGACCAACUGAACUGCAUAGCUAGUACAAGAGCCAGAGGAAGAAGGUGAUGAAGGGCAACAUAACGGAAGACUGUAUUACCUCUUCUAGACCAAGCGCCUCCUCUUCCCCACAGACCUGGACCAGGAAGCCACAUCCAUGAAUGUGCCCUGGGGACCCUGAAGUUCAGCUUUACAGGUGAGAGUACUAAGGCAUAGAAGUUAAAGAAGCUCAUUCACAGCAACACUGCUAGGCAAAGGGCCCCUAGAAGCCUGUUACUCCGCACAUCCCAGGACCUCCGGCCCCAUGGAGCCCCCGAUCCCACAGAGCGUCCCCUUGACUCCCAGCUCAGUCAUGGUCCAGCCCCUACUGGACAGCCGUACGGCCCACAGCCGGCUCCAGCACCCUCUCACCAUCCUUCCCAUCGACCAGAUGAAGACCAGCCACGUGGAGAACGACUACAUUGACAACCCUGGCCUGGCACCCGCCUCUGGCCCCAAGCGGACCCGGGGUGGAGCCCCAGAGCUGGCCCCAGCCCCAGCCCGCUGUGACCAGGACAUCACCCACCACUGGAUCUCCUUCAGCGGGCGCCCGAGCUCUGUGAGCAGCAGCAGCAGCACGUCCUCCGACCAGCGCCUCUUAGACCACAUGGCACCCCCACCCGUGGCUGACCAGGCCUCCCCGAGGGCUGUGCGCAUCCAGCCCAAGGCCAUCCACUGCAAGCCGCUGGACCUCAAGGGCCCCGCUGGGCCCCCAGAGCUGGACAAGCACUUCUUGCUGUGCGAGGCCUGCGGGAAGUGUAAGUGCAAGGAGUGCGCGUCCCCCCGGACGUUGCCCUCCUGCUGGGUCUGCAACCAGGAGUGCCUGUGCUCAGCGCAGACACUGGUCAACUAUGGCACCUGCAUGUGCCUGGUGCAGGGCAUCUUCUACCACUGCACCAACGAGGACGAUGAGGGCUCCUGCGCCGACCACCCCUGCUCCUGCUCCCGCUCAAACUGCUGUGCCCGUUGGUCCUUCAUGGGGGCCCUGUCCCUGGUGCUGCCCUGUCUGCUCUGCUACCUGCCCGCCACUGGCUGUGUGAAGCUGGCCCAGCGCGGCUAUGACCGCCUGCGCCGCCCCGGGUGCCGCUGCAAGCACACGAACAGCGUCAUCUGCAAGGCGGCCGCCGGGGACGCCAAGGCCAGCAGACCCGACAAGCCUUUCUGACGCUCGGGGUCAAGUCCCAGCACUCCGCCUGGAACCCUGGUUCCCUUCUGACACCUGAGAAGAGCACCACGGCACAGCCAGAGGUUUUAGCAUCCUGAGGCUGACCCUGCUAGUCCACCCACCCCCCACCCCCAGCUGCUGAAGAAACAGGGACCACCAUCACCCACCCCUCUCUUCCCCAAAAGGAUGAAGAAGCACUUUGGGGUUGUUUUGUUCAGGAUCCUGGAACUUGGUGUGAAACAGACAGUGGCAGGGGUGUGGUGUGGUUUGGGGGCGAUUUUUCUUUUUCAGAAGAUGGAACACAGAUGUGGACACAUAUCCGGAAGUUGCAGCUGCUUGAAUGCCUUCCUGGCCCUCCUCCUCCCUCGCUUUCUCCCUGCUCUUUUGCAUUCUCUCUGGCUGCCUGGGAGGAAUCUGAGUGGCCAGGGGACUUGGAAGAAGACGCUUGGAGUCUUACCGUCUAUACCUUCUUCUCCCAGCCUGCACCCCAGUCUGCCCCAUCUUGGGGAAGGUGUAGACCCUGGCAAUCCCUGUUGUAUAUACUCGGGAGCUCCCGCCCCUCGUUCCUUGCUCUGCCUGGAGCCAUGGACGGAUUUAGGAACCACUGCACAGUACAUUUUCUCCCUUCCAGCUUCCUCACUAACUCUCGGGGGUGUUCCACUCAUAAUACCGUCCUUUGGCUCUUACUGAGUCACAGACUCACCUGCCUGCUGUGUGCCCCCAGUUCUCUCUACUCAGAUCCUUCCCAGAAACUUCACUAUGGGUAGAGAAGACCGGGGCAGCAAAUUUGAGACCAAAUAGCAUUUUGCCAAUGAGUCUGAGGCUGUGGUCUCUGGAUCCAGUCGUUACAUGUUUUUAUAUCAGAUACUAACGGUGUUUUAAAAAAUAAUAAUAAAACACUUGCUUCCUUUUGGGCCACCCCCAGGAAGGGCUGAUUUCAAAAUCUGGGGGGCGAGCAACCUCAAGGAACACAAUCCCCCCCCUCCCUACCAAGAAGAAGAUUUUAACAGCAGAGAAGAGAGGCAGCACCUCGCGCUAGCAGAGUGACGGCUGGGUGUGGGCUUCUUCUCUCCUGAUUCUGCUGCUUGCUGUCCUAGCCUUUUGUGUACAGUGUCUGUAUCUUUAAUGUAAAUAGACAGAUGGUGACAAAAGAGUCUAUUUUAGUGUUCAGAGGCCCUGGUGGGGGGAGUCAGAAGAAUGCAGGUUGGGGAAAGAUUCUCCGGGGGGCUUCUUGGGAUUGAGCCCUGCUUCUGUGUGUGGCCACAUGAGCCCCUCCCAGCAGCCCCCAAAGACGUAGCAACUCUCUCUCAAGGUGCUAAAGGACUCAGAAAGCGCAGCUUGUCCGGUGGGUAGGUACUUGUUGCAUGCAAAAGCUGUAGUGUGUCUGGUCCUUACUCCCCAGCAAUUGUGUGGGGUUUUUGCUUCAUGUUGUAUUUGUGCCUCCUCCCUUUCCCCCUCCCCGCCGUGAGAGAAAGUAGCUUGGGUCAGAAGAGCUACCCCGGGGCAAUGUUGGAAGUGUACUAGGCACAGCCUUUGUAGCACUUCAGUUUGUUCUGUAGGAACAGAACAGCCUCCUGGAAGGAGGCAGGCAGGUAGCUGUGAUGGUCAAGGACCCAAUGCUUCUCAAGGACUUUUUUUUUCUUCCCUUUUUGAAGACUGGUAGUAACAUCUUAUGAUUUAGAAUAAGUUAAUUGUAACUGUAGGUAUUUAUUGACUGGAGGAAAGGAGGGGAUGGUCUUAUUAUUUUAGGCUUUAUUUAUAUAACAUUUGCUAGCUUGUAAAAGGCGAAUAUGAAAUACUGCAUCUGCAUUUUCUAAGGCUGAUUCCUGUAGCUACCCUUGCCACAGUUGUCAUGGAUGUAUGGAUGUUCUUGCACAAAUCAGAGGGAAUGAUAGAAAAAACACAUUCAGCCAACCACUUGUCCUAAUUGAAUGUAUCAGAUGUGUACUGAGGGACUGGAGAUGUUUUUCCUCAGAACAGGUGUGCAGAGGUUACCCGCCAAAAGAGAGGGCAUACGUCCACUCUGGGAGAGGCCUCAGAACUUUCCCCAAAGCCCCUCCCGCAAAUGUCUCCACGGGAAGCUUGACCCAGUGGCAAGUUGCACUUUGGUGAUCUUUGGUGUUCUACGUGCCCAUUCUGUGGAGAACUGAUUUACAUAAGCUGUGCUCACACACACCCUACCCCUACCCACCAUCUCUACAAAGACCCUUGUUUCCUGUCAAGUAGCCUCCUGAACCCCGACUUUGUGUAUAUAGUUGUAAACACGGAUUUUUCUGGGUUUGGUUUUCUUUUUUUCUUUCCCCUGCUUUGGCUUGUUCUUUCUGGUUUGCAUCUAGCCUGCUAGGUGGAUGGAUGUCUGCAGAAUUCUGUGUCCCAUGCGCUCAGCUUUCGUUCUCCCAGCUCUAUUGCAUAGCAGUCCCUCAGCAUGUUUUUCUGGCAAAAAGAAAAAACAAAACUGGCUUGUCUGUGGCCCCCAGGGGCCAGUCAAGGGCCACUGAGGGAUCAAGCUCUCAGGAACACAACGCAUUUGUGGGGCCACUUUUGGCUGAUUGUGUGUCCUGUGACCAAUGGCUUGCUUGGCUGGAUUAUGCCUUCUCAUCUUGACCUUUUUAGCAGAGUGCCAGCUGCUUCCCACUAAGGUUCAAUCUGGGAUGGCUGGUGGUUCUGCCUGGAACUGGGGGUGGGAUCCACAAGCCUGGGCCCAGGACCCUUGUCCUAAGGGGCCACAGCUGCUUCCUCUGGAGGGUGGAUUCGUAAAGUCCCAACACUCCAGCAAGUGCCCUGAGAACUGGGUCUAGGAGAGCCAAGCCUUUCUAGGUAGAAGAUGGGGUACACCAAGGCUCCUCACUGGCCCUGCUGUUGAUACGGGCCCCUUCACAACUGACAGAUGGAAGACUAUCAUGUGAUGUGUCUGGUUCUUUCAGCGCUCUGGAGUCUGCAUACAUCCCCGCUUGACAUCGAGUGAGGCCCAGUUAUAUUAUGAUAAGUCCCAAGUGUGGAAAGUGUGGGUUGGGACCAGAUCCCAUAACCUUCAUGGUCUCUGUGCUGCCCCAGGAGGUGUCCGGAGGGGUGUAGGCACCACCACUUUGCACUGUACAUGUCACUAGGGCAUCCUAUGAACUUCACUGGCCUUCUGGUUUGUGCCGUUGUUAAGCAUUUUCAUGCCCUCUGCUUACUGUGACAGUCGAUGACAAAUCUUAAGCUGCCAUUUUUGCUGUGGGUAACUCGGUGUGGUGUCUUGUCUUGCUUUCUCUUCUCACUGCCCCACAGUUCAGUUUUGUGUUAGAAACAGAAAAGCUAUUCAAGGGUCCCAUCCUGGCACAUUUUCGCUCUUCACUGUAACCCUUUCUCACCCCACAUCAAAAGUUACCACAGAAGGUUUCCUUUGUAUAGAAUAUUUAUUUUGAAGCUCUAUUUUAAUAGUAUUUAUUUUAGAAAGUCUACUAUUGUAAGAGUUCUUCUGUUUGUGAAGAAAAAGCAAGUUAAAAACUGAAUGUACUGAUCUAGAAAAUAUAUAUAAAUAUAUAUUGUUAAAUAUA